GGGGGAGCGGCGCUCGGGGGCCGGUGCGCGGCGCUCGGGGGGCGGUGAUGAUCAGCCAAUCGUCCCUCCAGGAGUCGGUGGACGGAGAUGAUAAGGAAACGGACCCGGAGGCGGACGAGGCCGCGGAGGAGCCGCGGGAACAGCGGCCAACGGAGACUUUCUACUGCGUUUACCGGCGGCUCAGCAGCAGGUCCCAGUUGCCGGGUGACGAUGCGGAAAUGGGAUACAGGAGAAGUAGUUCAAGCGACACCUUCUCAAAAGAAAUGUCAGCGGCAGACUUCAGUCUCUCCCUGGUGGUGACUAACCUGCCCACUGUGGCUGAACCAGAGCUUCGGGGGUUUAUUAUUAAACGCCUCAGCAAAGGAGCGUUCUUUGACGGAAUGGGCACGAUUGCAACUGUGGAGUUAAGUGUAACAGAGCAACCUGUGGCUUGUUACUACUGCCUCCUGCACCAGAACACAAUUCAAGAGCCGGAUAGCAGCAGCUCCGAGGCCUCAGGAAGCGUCACCGAUCAUGUGCUGUGUUUUCUGGGCAGCACAGAGAAGGCUCUGGAACUAUUCAGGAUUGAGCUGGAUAAAUACGCCCAGGGCCUGGAGCUCUACCUGGAAGCUGAGGCAGACAUCCUUGAGGCCCACCUGAAGAGUUGGUACGAUGAGUCUGUGCUCUACUUACAGCGGGUGGUACAGCUGUUCCAGGAGAAACUCUCUGUUUUAUUACGAGCUGCUUUAAGUCACACUCUGGUUGAAGUUAAACAUGCAGAUAACAGAACAAAACAGGACGUAGAAAGGUUUCUGAGCGUGGCCAGCCUGCAGGGCCUGAUACAAGAGGACAGAGUGGCCACACUGAGUGAGGCCAGGAGCCAGGAGCAGCAGGUGAUCAGUGUGGACUGUGGGGAAGCCACCCUCGUCUGUCACAAUGCGGCAGUCAGUAACCGCUUUUGUGAAGACUGGAUUCCUGCCUUUUCCAAUGCCCUCAAGAGUGGGAAUCCUUUCCUCAUGCGGCAAAUCCUAGAAAACUUCAAGUUAAAGGCCAUACAGGAUAUGAACAGCCUAAAGCGCAGUAUCCGCCAGGCGGAGACCAGUAACUACGCCCUGUACAAGUGCUACACAUUCCUUAAGAACUGCGGCAACGGCGACAUCCUCCUGCACACCGUGCGUGUGGAGCACGCCGAGCUGCCAGAGGCUCGAAACGUGGUCCAGGUCCUCGAAGAGUUCAUGCACGAAGAAGGAGUGAUCACUUCCACUGACUAAAAGGGCACUCUCGCAUGGCUACUGUUUAUGGCCUGUUCAGCGAUAACUCUGUGUGUGUGUGUGUGUAUCUGUAAUCCCAAUAGUCAACUGGACGGUGAACAGUUGCCCAAGAUUCCUGUCCACAUGUCAGAAUCUUUGUAUUUAUUGUUAAAUUCCUUGUAACUUCCAGAAUAGAUAUGUUGCAAGUCAAUCCUGGGGAGUAGGAGAUAGGCAUGUGGUCGCUUUAGGUAACACUAUGUGGGGUGGGGGGGAGGGGGUUGGGCCUCAAACAGAUUCGAACCAGUCAAUCCCCAAAUUUUGACUAACAUUCAGACCCUGUUAUAUGAAGGAGAAAGAGGAAGAAAAAUGUUCUCAUUCUGACGUAGAUUGUAUUUGUGCCCGAUGGUGGUGUGGGUGGGCGGAGAGCGAAGAGACGGGAAAGUCCAAUAAUGAAACUAACAAACGGAAAUAUUUUGGGAAAACAUGGUGUAACGAGAUCCAGAGUGGAAUGCUGCUUCAGAGCUUCGGGAAUGAUGGGGAAUGGUGAGUAGGAGUUUCUGCUCCCUCGCUGCUUCUCUUCCCUCACUCCUGGCGGCGAUUGUAAUUUUCUGUGAUUUUGAUUCUAAUUAAAGUUUUAAAUCGCUG